CCCCCUCCAUUCUCUGGUCCAUAUGGCCUCCUCUCUCUUUGUCACAUCGCGGUGAGUUAAUGACGACCCCCGCCGCCGCCGCCGCCGCCGCCGCCUCCUCCUCCUCCGCCUCCUCGCCCCCGAACCCUCCACCGCCGUCGCUCUCUCUGAUGCCUUCCCGCCUCCACGCCCUCCUCUGCAUCUACCUGCCCCAUCCCCGCCCCCUCGCCCGCCUCCUCCACUACUCCGCCGCCGGCCCGCCGUCGCAGCAGCAGCAGCUCCCGCCUUCUUCGUCGCCGCCGUCGCCGUCGCACGCGUCGGCCGAGCUCUGGAUCGCCAAGGCGCUCGCGUCCGCGGCAUUGCUCCGCCCGCGGCACCUCCCGGGGUUCCGCCGCAUCGACCCUUCCCCGCUCGCCGCCGCCGCCGCGCUCCGUCUCGCGCCGUGCGCCUCCUCGGCCCUCGCCGUCUUCACCGCGCUGCAUUGCUCGCCGCUCUCCAUCACGCCGUCCGCGCACUCCUGCCAGCAGAUCAUCGUGGUGCUGUGCAGGUCCGGCCGCCAGGCCGACGCCCUCCAGCUGUUUGACCAAAUGACGACCCACUACGGGUACUCUCCCGACGCCCGUUUUCUCUCGUUCCUGGUCAGUUCCUGCACAUGUGCAAACCUUCUGGAUGCGUCCGCGACAUUGCUAUCGAAGGCAUCGGAGUUUGGUUGCCGCGUAGAAGCAUAUGCGUAUAACAAGCUCAUGAGCUCGUUGAUUGGCCGUGGACGGGUGCAUGAUGUUGUGGCGUUGUUUGAACGGUGGAUUCAGGACAGGGUAUAUUCUCCAGAUGUUUGGAGCUUUAAUGUUGUCAUCAAGGGGGUUUGUCGGGUGGGGCAAGUCCAAAAGGCGCUCGAGCUGGUCGAAAGGAUGAAUGAAUUUGGGUGUUCACCAGAUACUGUCACACAUAACAUCCUUGUGGAUGGUCUAUGCAGGACUAAUGAGGUGAGUAGAGGUCAUGAGGUGUUGAGGAGGCUCCAGAGGGACGGUGUUUGCAUGCCCAAUGUUGUGACAUUCACCUCGGUGAUCUCAGGUUACUGUAAGGCUGGGAAGUUGGAGGAUGCAAUGGCUGUAUACAAUGACAUGGUUGCAUCUGGGAUAAUGCCCAACACGGUUACAUACAAUGUGCUUAUAAAUGGAUAUGGCAAAGUUGGCGACUUGGGUUCUGCGGUGGAAGUGUAUCAGCAAAUGACGCGACUUCGGUGCCCUCCUGAUGUUGUGACAUUUAGUUCUUUGAUUGAUGGUUAUUGUCGGUGUGGGCAACUUGAUGAUGCAUUGAGGAUUUGGAGUGAUAUGGCCCAGCAUCGGAUUCAACCAAAUGUGUACACCUUUUCUAUCAUAAUACACUCACUUUGUAAGCAGAACAGAUCAGAUGAAGCAAUUGGUCUUUUGAAUGAACUAAACUUGAGACCUGACAUUGCACCACAAGCAUUCAUAUAUAACCCAGUGAUAGAUGUACUGUGCAAGUGUGGCAAGGUGGAUGAAGCAAACUUGAUUCGAAAGGGCAUGGAAGAAAAAGGAUGUCGCCCUGACAAGUAUACAUAUACUAUUCUAAUAAUUGGUUACUGCAUGAAGAGUAGGAUUUCAGAGGCUAUCAUGUUUUUCCAUGAAAUGGUGGAGGCUGGUUGUUCCCCUGACAGUAUUACAGUUAAUUGUUUUAUUAGUUGCCUAUUAAAGGCUGGGAUGCCAAAUGAGGUGGAUCAUGUAAUGCGUCUUGCAUCAGGGGGUGCUUCAUCUAUUCAGGAAGUCCCUUCUCCUGUGAGGCAAAGACUAGAUAUUUCAGUAGCUUUGUAGUUGAAUGGUACAGCAGAGAAUGGAAGGAAAAGCACACUGACUGUUUCUGGUAUGCACUGCAGAACAUCUGGAACUUGCAAAGCUUAUAAGAGGCUGUGGUGACUGGAUAUUCAGAUAAGAGAACCUCAAAUGUAAACAUAUUGCACCUGGACCAGAACUACCAAGAAACUAAUCGAAAACAACUUCACACUGAUCAAUAAAGUAAAAGGCAAGCCAUUUGGUCUCCUAGUAUUUAGUGAAGCAACAGAUAUAUGGUUGCCAGAGCUGCAAAUUUCAUUGGAGUUGCUUAUGUGAUAAAAUGAUGCUCUAUCAAUUCUUGGCAUGUCCCUAAACAACUCAUGUAUAACUGGUUCGCCUGAUCGCUUUCCUGGGACUUCCAGUCACUUUGGUCCAUAUGCGUCAGCAACAUGCUUUUUUGGACUUGUUAACUGAAAUGAGAUUGAGUAGCAGUUGAAGACUUGAUUCUUGAAGAAUGGCAUGAAGUAAUUUUCCCUCUAGCAGAGGUUUCUUUUCCUCCCACCAUAAGGGAUAGGUUCGGAAAUUGUUUUCCACUGCACAGAUUACAUACUGUAAGCUGUAACUACCUCCUUCAUCAUUCAGGAAGGAUUGCAGUUGAAGUUGAGCAAAGGAGUGCUGUCACAAUCUCAAUAAAUGCUGAUUAAAUUUGACAUAUGAUUUAGCUGAUAAUGAGAUAGGGUCAAUGAAAUGGAAUGAUCUCUACUUUAAGGCUAAAGUAGGUAGUUGGCUGAUCUACAAUAUCAGCAUUAAUGACCAUAUAACCACUGUUGUGUUCCGUGAACAAGAAAAGAAGAACACUUGUUACUAUCAGCAUCUGGUGGAUUCUCCAUGGAUGUUGUCAAGAACCGCCAUUGCCCCAAUGAUGAAAGCCUUGUCACAGCCUGACUGCACUACCACAUGGUAGAAGUCAUUGGUUCCUAUCUGCUCUGUCUUCCCCAUCUACAAAACGAAAUAGCAUGUGCCACAUGUUAGAUUUCUCUCUCAUGCACAAAUAUGUGUUUUCAUGCUUGCAUUAUGCAUGCAAUCAAAAUGUUCAUUGGGUGUAUACAUAUCCACGUGCACUUGUACAUAUCAAGCAAGCAAAAUCACUGGAGACUGGACACCUCUCCCAAACCUUCACUGUAUUAUUCAGACUUCAGGGUAUGCUUUAGUUUCAUGCUAUUGCUGAAUGUUUCUUCUGAAUCAUAACAUGAGGGAUCUCUAUCUCCACAGCUCACUUGUGUUAGCUGCGUAUGAGCCUAUGAAGCAGAAGAAUGUAUGGAUAUUGAUAACAAAUGAAUUUUAUAUAAAAUAAAUAUAACUUGCUAACUCAGAGGUGCAAUUAUAUGCAUGUAGGGGAUUAUGAAGGUAUAUAAAAAAGUAUGGAUGAUAUACCUGGCCUACUAUUGUGCCAGUGCAAUCAGUUAUUGUACAGUUUCUAUCUGCAAAAGAUCCACUGAUCUCGAAGUCCCAAUUUUUGCAGUGCCUCUUGGGUUCAAUGUGUAUUCUAAUUGGAGCACCUUUUGCUAUGCAUGAUUUUGGAUCACUUAGGCUAAAAAUCAACUUCUUUUUUCCUUGGUAGUCCAUUGAGUACCCAUUCCAUUUGUUCCAUGUGCUUAGAGCCUGGAUAAUUCCUCCCUGCAGUGUGUAAUUUUUAUUAGCCAUCAACUAUGCAUUGCACUGGUAAUAGAAUUCAAAACAGCCUGAUUUAAAUA